AUGAAAUCUUUGUUAAGUGCGUAUGUUAAUUUACUAAAAACAAGUAUAGGAAGUGGUGUAUUAAAUUUCCCAAAAUUAUGUAAAACUUAUGGAUUGGGAUUAACUGUGUUGUUAACGAUCAUAUCAGGUUUAUUUGCAACAACAGGUUUAGUUUUACUAAUAAUUUGUUCAGAGGAAAUUGGAAGAACAGCUGAUUUAAGUAAAUUAGCAUCACUUUCAAUUCCAUUUGUAAGGAUUUUUGUAGAUUUAGCAGUUUUUAUGAAAUGUUUUGGAGUUUCACUUUCUUAUUUGAUAAUAGCAGGUGAUCUAAUGGUGUCAGUUGUAGUUAAAUUUUCAACCAUUCCACUCUUCAGUUAUAAGCCAUUUCUAUUAGGAAUUUUCAUUUGUAUAGUGGGACCAUUUUGUUAUUAUAGAAAGAUGGACAAGUUAAAAUAUACAAGCUUUGUAGGAGUGUUAGCAAUAAUAUUUGUAGUGAUAGCAUCAAUAUGGAGGUUUUUAAAAACUCAAGUACUUGAUUCACAUAAAGUUGAGUAUUUAGUGACACCAAUCAGUCGUUCAUGGUUGGGUGGAUUAGGAAAAUUUGUAUUUUCGUUUACUUGUCAUCAAAAUAUAUUUUUUAUUUACAGUGAAUUAGAAGACAAUUCAUUAAAAAGAAUGAAAAAAUUAAUUUAUAUUACAGCAUCAACAAGUUUUAUACUUUAUACCUUAUUUGGAAGUUAUAAUUAUUUGUUAUACGGAAAUGAAACUAAUGACAACGUUUUACUUAACUAUCCUUCUGAUAACUUAACACUGUUAGUUAAGAUUCUAUAUAUAAUUGUUAUGGCUGUUUCAUUUCCUUUACAGAUGUCCCCUGGUAAAUUAUACUUACUUAAUUGUCUUAACAUUAAACCAACUAUCAGAGGAUAUAACACACUUUUAUUUAUAGUAACCACAAUACUUUUACUCUUAGCAUACCUUUUUACAAUCAGUGAUAUUAAGUUAGGUUUAGUAUAUGCUAUAAUAGGUGCAACAGCAUCAACUUUUAUGUCUUUAAUAUUACCACCCUUGUAUUAUUUAAAUUUAGAAGUAGAAAGAACGUUAUUUUUAACAAUAAUAUCAUACUUUGCAUUCUUAUUUGGAAUAUUUGUAUUUUUAACAACGAUGAUAUCGAUAGUGUUAGAUAUUUCAGUUAAAAAAUAA